UUAGACCGCUGUCAUUGGGUCAUUGGUGAGGUUAGUCGCACACACGUAAAGUGUUUCUAACAUUUGUGACAUAAUAUCCCGUGAGAAUAAAAGGAAAAGUGCCUGAAGGUCACACAAAAUCUAGUUCAUAAUAUUCUUUGUACAUGAAUGUAUGUACCAACGUAUUUGGACGAGUGAUAACUACGUAAACAACUGAUAAUAUUAGAGGAGCGAUUGUGUUUUAAGUUCACAAACAACCAGACUCAAUUGAUAGUGAUACACCAUGGCAGUGUCAUUAAAUAAUAAAAUUCUCUCAUUUGUGUACAAAAAUAGCAACAAUAUCAGAGCAUUAUCUACUACGAACGUAAGAAAUGCCAAAGUUGCGUUCAACUGGGAAGAUCCAUUGAAUUUAGAAGGACAGCUACUGGACGAUGAAAAGGCGGUCAGGGACUCGUUCAGGGCUUAUUGUAAUGAGAAAUUAUUGCCGAGAAUAAUCGAAGCGAACAGACAUGAAAAGUUCGACAGGGGAAUUUACAAAGAAAUGGGUGAGUUGGGAGUCCUUGGGUGCACCAUUAAGGGCUACGGAUGCGCGGGAGUUUCAUACGUUACGUAUGGCCUGCUUACGAGAGAGCUAGAUGGCGUAGAUUCAGCGUUCAGAUCGGCAAUGAGUGUACAGAGCAGCUUAGCAAUGGGAGCAAUUAACAUGUACGGCAGCGAUGAGCAGAAGCAGAAAUUUCUACCUAAAAUGGCUAAAGGCGAGUUGGUCGGAUGUUUUGGGCUCACUGAACCCAAUUUUGGCAGCGAUGCAGGAGGGCUAGUCACCAGAGCUAAGUACGAUUCUAAAUCAAAAAGCUACAUUCUAUCCGGAUCUAAAACUUGGAUUACUAACGCGCCAAUUGCUGACGUAAUGGUCAUCUGGGCAAAGGAUGAGGAAGGUAAAAUCAGAGGUUUUAUCGUGGAAAGAUCUCAAGUUAAGAAAGGUUUGGACACGCCCAAAAUCCAUGGGAAAUUUUCAUUGCGGGCAUCAGAAACGGGGAUGAUAUUGCUCGACGAAGUGGCUAUACCGGAGGAGAAUUUAUUGCCGAACGUAGUCGGUCUGAAGGGGCCUUUUGGAUGUCUCAAUAACGCGCGGUACGGGAUCGCUUGGGGCUCCCUCGGAUCGGCCGAGUCGUGUUUGCGGAUUGCCCGCCAGUACACAUUAGAUAGAAAACAAUUUGGGAAACCGCUCGCUUCUAACCAAUUGAUACAGAAGAAGCUGGCGGAUAUGCUGACGGAGAUUCACAUUGGUUACCAGGCGUGCCUUCGGGUGGGGCGAUUGAAGGACGAAGAUAAAGCGGCCCCCGAAAUGAUUUCGAUGCUCAAGAGAAACAACUGUGGUAAAGCGUUAGAUAUGGCGAGAGUCGCGCGCGAUAUGUUGGGGGGAAAUGGAAUAGCUGAUGAAUAUCACGUUAUUAGACACGUUAUGAACCUAGAAGCGGUAAACACGUACGAAGGCACCCACGAUAUUCAUAGCCUCAUAUUAGGUAGAGCUAUUACUGGUAUACCUGCAUUUGCCUAAGCUAGCUAAUGAUAAUGUGAUCAAUUAUGUCAA